ACCUUCUCACCCGGAAUAACCAGAGGAUUGCAUGGAGACACCUGAACUGUGAUACACUAGCCAUAAUUUACAGACUGGACAAUGGUGCGAUUGAACAGGCGCCUGCUGCCCAUCAAGGCACAUUUCUUCUUUUUCAUGGCGGCCAUGGGACCCAUAUUGCCACAACUAGCGGUGAUUGGGAAGCAGAUCGGUGUUCCACCGGAUGUUAUGGGCUACAUAAUGGCCUUCCUACCCUUACUUUAUGUUUUAGCCAAACCCUUGGUGGGUUUCCUGGCCGACUAUUUCACGAGCCUGCGGAAAUUCAUAUUCAUCAUCCUUAUUCUUAUUAUGACACUGGCUUUUGCCGGCUUCUAUUUCCUGCCCGACAACUCCCACUUCAUCCCAUUGGAGGAAGGAAGUGCCCAAUGGAAUGUGACGUUGUUAGGGAAUCCACCCGAUUGCAAUCCCAGUAUCCAAUCUUCAGACGCAUUCUGCCAAACCACUCACCAGGCAAAAUGCAUUCAGGAAAAGCAAGGAGACGAAUUCUCCGCUCUAAUUGUAGACAACGAGGCGGGCCUCAAUCUUAGCCAGAAUCUGCUUCAUGGCAACGAGAGUCAUCACAUCUGCCUCACCCAACAACCAAGAACCAGUGAUUGGAACAAUGCGUCCUGCGAGGUGCGCCAUGUAAAUAGCUGCAUCUAUGGAUCUGGCAAGUUCUGGCUUUUCGUAUGCCUGCUCUGCAUUGGAAUCGUUGGCUUCAACGUGACCAACUCCAUAUCCGAUGCCUGCUGCUUUGACCUUCUGGGCGAGGAGGAGGAGGGAAAGUACGGAGCACAACGGGUGUGGGGCACCAUUGGUUUUGGAGCCACGGCCAUGCUAGCUGGAAUCGUGGUCAACUGGUGGACCACGGAUGCGGUCAAAAGUCUGACGCCUGCAUUGAUCAUCAUGUGCGUGUUCAGUUUGCUUGAUCUGUUCAGUGUGUCCAAGCUGAAGCUGCCGAAACUGGGUGGUUCCGAGUCCAUCUGGAGCGAUGUUUGGCAACUGGUACGCCAGCCACCCAUUCUGGUCUUUCUGUUCUUCGCUACGAUGGCUGGCAUCAUUGACUCCUUCAUCAUAUACUUCAUGUUCUGGCACUUGGAGCAGGUGGCUGAAGCCACUGGUUACAUGCACCAGAUCAAGUUGAUCGAAGGUCUAGUGGUGGCCGCCGAGUGCCUAGCCGGCGAGGUGCCCUUCUUCUUCUACAGCGGAAAGAUCAUCAAGAAACUGGGCUAUGUUCAUUGCAUGAGCAUGUGCUUUUUCUUCUACGCUGUGCGACUGUCGCUGAUUGCCUGGAUACCCAAUCCCUGGUAUCUGGUGGGUGUGGAGCUCUUUUUCCAGGGCAUUACCUAUGCCCUGUGCUACACCUGCAUCGUGGCGUAUGCCUCGGCGGUGGCUCCUCCGGGUACAUCGGCAACUGUUCAAGGAUUGAUGGCCGGCAUGGACGAUGGGCUUGGAUUUUCCAUCGGAUCGCUAAUCGGCGGACUCAUGUUCAACAGCCUGGGAGGACGAGAGAGUUUCAAAUACUUUGCCAUCGCCGCCAUUUGCACAUGCGUAGCACACAUCGUGAUACGUCCCACCUCCAGGAAGAAGCAAUUCCUGCCGAAACAGGGAUACGUGCCGCCCACGGAACAGGAGAUCAAGCUGCCGCCAGCUCAGGAAAUGGAGGAGAUUCGUUUAGGAUAAAUAUAGUAUCACAUGCCAUUUUGGUUGCAUA